AUGCAUCAGGCACAAGUCCAAGUCAAUCAAAAGAACCAAGAUAUUAGAAGGUUAAAUACCGGUAUAACCCAAGCUGAAGGUGAUUAUAGAAUAUUACUUUUGGCCUAUCAUAAUGAAAAGAAUGAACGUAGGCACUGGUUCUAUUCAUAUAAAGAUAAACAUAGGCGAGUUGGUACAUUACUACGUGAGAAAUUCGCCACUCAAUUAUUAUUGCGCAAUUAUAGCCAUCGAUUACAACAAUCUCAGAAUUAUGCUAGAGCCCUGCGACAAGAGUUAGAUACAUGCCGGGAUGAUUUACUUCUUAGCGAUAUUCAGCUUGAUACUAAAUGGGGUAAUCCUGGAGAAGAUCCGGAAGAUUUUCUUAGAGAUUUUCAAAGAUAUGUAGUAGCUUCUCGAAUAAAUGUGACAGCUGGUGCAGGUGGUGUGGCCGGGAGAGCAGAAGCAGAUGGCUUAUUCGAAUCAUGUCUUGAAGGUCCAGCAUUAAAUUGGUAUGAAACUAAUAUCAAAGGCAAGAAUUGGAAAUGCAAUAAUAUUUCUGAUAACUUAGGAGUAGCUACUAUAACUGCAAUUCGUACACUCGGUGCUGGAAAUGGAGGUAAUCAGAUAGGUGGUUUAAAUACUGCUGGCGAAUUUCGUAAUGAGGCGAGUGCAGAAAUUGGUCGAAUUGGUGCAGGAAUAGCAACUGGGGCUAAUCUAAUUCCAAAUGGAACAUGGAAUGAGGAUUGGUCUAUAGCAGGUGGAAUGCCAGUAAAUGAUGCACCAGUGGCACCAAAUGGUGGUGGAGGAUUUCCUAAUGUUACAAUUGCACCUGGUAUGAAGCUCGGUCAAAAAAUAUACAGACUUCGAUAUUUUUAUACUACAGUGGAGGCGCAAAAACAAAUGGCCAUCUUUGGUCAGCUUAUGCAAGGAUCUAUGCAAGUGGAAGAAUUUAGUAAUAAAAUAAAAAAGCUUGGUAAACUUGCUGGAAUGUCUCCCCAGCAACAAAGGGAGCAAUUUAUUCGUGGGUUAUCUCCUAUGAAUCAAUAUAAUUUACGUAUGAUGGCUAAAUUUCAUGAUUCUCAGGACAACAUUACAACAGCAUUGGCAGAGGCGGAAAAAUAUACAUUAGCUCAAGUGACCACGCCAUCUUCUUUUCCAGUAUUUCCAACACCCAAUCCUCAUGAAAAAAAUAAACACUCGAGUGAUAUGACCCCCGUGAACCCUUCUAAGUCUCAGGAGAUACAAGCUAAUGAUAACUCUGUUUCGCGAGAUGAUUUCAAAAAACUUUAUGAUAUAGUGCUGGGUUUGAAGGAAACAAUGGCUGGAGCAAAGCGGACCUUAUCGAAAAAACCCGGUCCUGGGAAACAAAAAGCAGAUGAAAUUGCCAUGAAUAAAUUUUUAGAUGAAGCUAUAGAUAAUACAAGUCUACCAGGAGAAGAUUAUGACUAUGACCCUAUUGAAGAUUUGAGAUUACAAUUCGAGCAGUUGGGAAUCAAUCAGGCAAAAAUGGCUCGAAUAAUACAUGCAGUUUUAAAAUCAUCCCAAUACAAAUGUUCAAAGUGUGGUAAAGCAGGCCAUAAUUCUCGCAACUGUUCUAAAAAGAAGAGCAAGUCCAGACGUUCUAACAAAAGCAUAUCCAAGAAAAAAGUAAAGCAGAAGGGUAAAUCAUCCUCUAAGAAAAUACCUAAAUCUCGUAAGACUAAACAGAAAGGUGUUGCCACUUCUAGUAAGGCCCAAAAUAAAUCGACUACCCUUGAGGAGAAUAUUCGUCGAAUUAUGUUAGAUAUGCUUGAAAAAGUCUUACUCCCGCAUCAGUUAGAGAAACUAAAACCUGAAAACAAAAAUUUAGCUAUUCCAGAUUUUGUCGAUAGUAAUGAGGGGGGUAAUGAACCAUUGGAGGAUGAAUGGCACGCUCCUGCAGGUUUUAGCCUAGAUUCUGAUAAUUUGACUUUAAAAAAAAACGAAUGA